GGUAAUUCAUCCAACAUGGCGGAAAAGAUAAACCAGGAAUAAAAUGGACUUGAUUUACGAUGUGGUGUGGUCUACAUCAAAACCAGUAAAAAGGUAAAAACUUUGCUGGUUUUCUAUCAAUUUAUUAUUUUCAUGCAAGGAAUAAAGUCAAAGCAAAUUGAUCUAAUGUGAACAGAAUGAAGCUGAUCACUGACAAUAUCCAGAAUUGAUAUAAAAGCAUGUUCUCGAUACUUAUGGAUGGUUAUACAUUUCUAGUAAUGGGUAUUAAUGCGAAUGAGGUGUUUUGAAAAAAGAUAUCAAGACAAUAUCUCCCAGUUGACAGCUUUGUUUAAUCUACAUCAGCUGUGUUAUGAUAUCGUCCGUGUAUUUGUGAACAAAGGAGAGUAACAUUUAUUAUCACUCUGUCGGGCACUGAGGCGCAUUUGCAGGCUAAAUUGGAGAAUUUGGCGGGCUGAGAUAUGUUUCAGCCUGAUGAAAUAAACCAAUGGAAAGUGAGAAUCAAAAUAUUGUGCGAUGCAAGGCCAUUAAUAGCUUUGAAUAAGUUUGCACGACUCUUCUUUCAUGCCUUCUAAACUUAAACGGCAAGAUUUAUAAUUAUUUUGAUCUAACAUAAUUAUGGCAAUUUCAGUUUAAAAGAUCUCCAGAGAUACAUGUAAACAUUUCGGUAAAAUCUGUUCAUUUUACUAUUGACGAUGGCAAAUCUAGAUUCCAUUACUUUAAUGACAUGGCUUUUUUUAAAUUAAAGCAAUCCUUGUGGCAAAGUUGUUGUAGCCUGGUCCUGCAGAAACUUGAUUGCAUUCAGUACUGGUUACCGAAAACUUGAUCUCAAUGAAGAACAUAAUCCAAGUGGCACCAAUGGACAAAAUAAAAGGUAUGCAUAGAAAUAAAUAAUGAUUCAAGACAAUGUUUUUUAAUUCUAGAAUCGUUUGUUCUACUUUGCUUUGUUAGUAUAAUGGAGACAAAUUCCUAAUGCAAGACAGGCACUAGAGAAUCUUACCAGGUCUGGGCCCAGUUGUUUGAAGGCCGAUUAGCACUAACCCAGGAUUAAAUUUUAAUCCAAGUUUCUUUACUUCUCUAUUCAAGAGUCUUUUUCAAAUAAUAUUAAUUUUUAGAAUUUGUAGACAAAUUGGAAUAAAUUGAAUUAAUUUUUUAAAGGUUUUUUGAUCUGAAAUCAAAUUUCACUCUAUCCCUGGGUUAUCUUAACCCAGCUUUGAACAGCCCAGCCCCAGAGAUGAAAAGCAAAUCCAUAUCAAAUUGAAUUCAGUGAUGAAGUAUAGAAUAUCUAUUUUGCCUCUUCGCUGGGCCUAUAGUACAAUUCUGUUUCUGAUUGUUUUCUUGUUAUGGAUUUUUAGAUCACAGGUCACAAAUGGAAUAAAUAUUUUGGAUCCUGAUUGUCCUUGGGAUGUAUGCAGGUAUCAAACAUAAUUUUUUCUAAAAUGCCUUUCUUUUGAUUAUAAUUUAACCCUUUCCACCCUAGCAUCAGUGUGCAAAUUCUCCAUACAGUUCCUCAUGCAUUUCCCUUGGUAUGAAAAAGGAGAAUUUGUAUAACGAUCAAAAGAUUUUUGACCUUACAAUCAUUUUCUUUAUUCUCAUGUCCUUAAUGUUUGAUUCAGGAUUGAUACUGUUGGGGGAAACUAGAUUAUUAUUUCUCCCAGGGAGAAAAGGGUUAAGUUGGCAAAUGAGAAUUUUGACUGCUUAGUUUAGGAGAAUCAAGUAAAUGUACUUCUAUUUUUUAUUUUCAUGUGUUCAUUUAUUUGGUUUCAUUUUUGCUUUCCUUUGAAAACUGAAUUAUUUCCUAUGGCUGAAAUCAAGUUAAAGGCUUGACAUGCUGAAUGAGUUCAAUGUUGUGAUUUCAAAUCUCCUCUUAUCAAUUUUUGUUGAAAGGAUAACUCUUACAAGCAAAAAGUUUUUGGUUAAAUGUUGUCGAACAUUUUAUAAUCAUUUGCUUACUGUAUUUUGAAGUUUUAGCUCUGGUCAUGAGGGUUUAAUCCAAACUCUAUCAUGGGAUGGAACAGGGUCAAGACUUCUCUCCACAGACCUUGUUGGGGUGUGCAAACUCUGGACUAUGAAGGCAGGUUCCUAUUGA